CCUGAGUUGGCUCGGAACCGUCUCUGGCUCGGUCGAUGUGAUCGUGACGUGUAUUACCGAAGAGUUCCUCAAAAUGAACAGCUAGGUGGCUAAUAUGAAGUUAGCCAGCGUGGUUGCCGAUGAUAUUAAGUGAUUGACGGAAGACAAAAUAAAGCGCAAACUGUUAUUGAUUAGUAUUUUUGGAAGCCAUUAUGCCUCUCACGGUCGGCGGAGGAGACCGACGGGCUGAUAGAGUGUGCGUCUUGUUUCUGCUCGCCGCCGUGUUGUUGUUGUCGGUCGGAGUUGCUGCUGUUCCAGAGGAGAACAACCCUGUCCAGGAGCAACCUCAACAAGAGAAAGCCUCAAGUCCCCAUCCAAUAGGCCCUGUAGUCUCUGAGGAUGACUCCAGCAAAGGAAACCUGGGUUUCAUCCACGCCUUUGUGGCCUCCAUCUCUGUCAUCAUCGUCUCUGAGUUGGGAGAUAAGACAUUUUUCAUCGCAGCCAUCAUGGCCAUGCGAUACAACCGUCUCACCGUGCUGGCAGGUGCCAUGCUCGCCCUGGGACUCAUGACCUGUCUGUCUGUGCUGUUUGGCUACGCCACCACCAUCAUCCCUAGAAUCUACACGUACUAUGUGUCCACCGCGCUGUUCGCCAUCUUCGGUGUACGCAUGCUGAGAGAGGGGCUAAGAAUGAGUCCAGAUGAAGGCCAGGAGGAGCUGGAGGAGGUCCAGGCAGAGAUCAAGAAGAAGGAUGAAGAGCUCCAGCGCUCCAAGAUGGUUAAUGGGACUCCAGAUGUGGAGGCGGGAUCAGGGAACACCAUUCCUCAGGGAAAGUGGCACAACUUUAUCUCACCCAUCUUCAUCCAGGCCCUCACCCUCACCUUCCUGGCAGAGUGGGGGGAUCGCUCACAGCUCACCACAAUUAUUCUGGCUGCCCGCGAGGAUCCAUUUGGAGUUGCAGUGGGUGGUACACUUGGACACUGUAUGUGUACAGGACUGGCUGUGAUAGGGGGGAGAAUGAUCGCCCAGAAAAUAUCUGUCAGAACAGUUACAAUCAUUGGAGGGAUUGUUUUUCUGGCGUUCGCCUUCUCUGCCCUGUUCAUCAAACCAGACGCUGGAUUUUAAUUGGACGAAAGACUUUCAGGUUUUCUUUGUACAUACGUGUAAAAUUUGGUUAAGUUGCUGUAGAGAGACUGUAGUUUUGACUCUGUAUGUGUCCAGCAGACAGUGUGACGGGCUGAACAAAGAAUUCCUGUCCUCUCCUAGCUAGCCUCUGUUCCACUCUGUAACUCAGUGGGUUUUCUCCUGGAGGUUUGAACUCUUACACAUUAUUUUGUUACCUUUAAAAAACAUUUAGUCGAUGUUAUAUCUUUAUCAAGUACAGAUAGGAAGAUACAUGUUGAACUUAAAAACACAAAGCCCUGGAAACUUGACAUUAAAGAGCCUCAGUAAGAGGAAAACAUUGAGCUACAGAGGCUAGCUCGGAGUGGGGGGGGCAGGGCCGAAGCUUUCUGUAAGAGCUGGAUUCUCAUCACAAGGUGUGUGAGAGAAAGAAGACUGGUCUGUUACUGAUUGCUGCCCUCCAACCCUCCGACCCAUCUCUAAAAGGCUCUGUGGCCCCGAAACAGAGACUGACAUGCAGUACUUCCUUCACACUCAGCCUUCAGUAAGACACUGAGUCCAUUUAAAUAUCUUUCCUUUUUUUUUGUUUUUAAAUGUUGAAUGUUUUUUGUUUAUUUGACAUGAGCCUGGAUGCUGUCAGGUGGCUGCUGACGGAUUCUAACUGCGGCCAAGCUGCCAGUUUGCUCUCACUGUAUAAGAGUUGGCUUGUGAUGCUUGGUUGUUUGUUCCAUCUUCCUCUCUGGGUGACAUCUUCUGCCACAAUGCAUUAAAAUCAGCGAGAAGAAGAAGCGAGCCUACUAUAUGUAAGAUUUUAAUUUCCCAGUGUGAGGAACAACACUGAAAACAGACCCAGCAGCACAUAAUUAAAGGAACAGUACACCUCCACAUGAUCAGUUGUAUAUCAGUUACUCAGCCUAUGUUAUGUUGGAUUCAUGACGAAAACUUUUUUCUUGCCUCCAGAGAGCGAAGAAUCCAAAAACUUUUUUUGAUGAAUUAAAGUCUUGUGCAGUAUGAUCCAAGUCUAAUUGAUCCAGUGGUAUGCUCAGUACUUCCCAAACAGACAGCCUGUUACAAUGGGGAACUGAACAGAAAGUAUAACUUAUCUAUUCUCUCUUCAAGCCAGACUCCAUUGACAAAACCAGUAAUUUUACCUCGCUGAACACAGGAGCUGCUGGUCUGCCACCGCCUCGAUCUGUGAUUUGUUUGUGUUGUAGUGUGACUUUGGUGAAUCCGAACUAACUCUUUAAAACACCAAAGUCACACAACAGCACGAACAAACCAUCAGUGGUAGACCAGCAGCUCCUGUGUUCAUCGAGGUAAAAUUACUGGUUUUGUCAAUGGAGUCUGGCUUUUAAGUUUCACUCUCUAUUCAGUUUUAAAUAGUAAGAUUUUAGCUUAAUUACAUGUGUUUGGGAAGUGCUGAGCAUACGACUGAAGAAAUGAGUCUUGGAUCAUACUGCGCAAGUUGUGUGAGAGUUUGUAAAUUGAUGUUUUGGUAUAGUUUUGCUGUUGUUAAACGUGGACCCCUAUGACUUCAAUUCACCAAGAAUUUUCUCAGUUUUUGGAUUUCUCCUUCACUAUGGAGGCCUGCAAGAAAAACAAAGAUUUCUGCACAAAUUCAGUGUAACAUGGGGUUAGUAACCGACAGACAAAUGCUUAUGUGGUGGGUGAAGUAUUCCUUUAAAAUCACAAACUCAGCAGGUCUACUAUAUGUAGGAUUUUAAUUUUCCCAGCUUGAGGAAAAAACACUAGAAACAGAACCAACAGCACAUAACUGGGAGAUAGUUUUUGAGAUCUGAUUUAACUUGGGAUUUUCAUCAUUAAGAUAUUUCUUUCACAUAGGAGCAGUGUUUUUAAGAGACAAGAGACCUGAACCACUAAAAUACCUCUGCAUCCAGGUGUCGCCAUACCUAUGUUGGAUUAUCUGCAUCGGUUCAGUGCCCAGAGAGCUGCACCACUGCUUAAAAUAUCUUGUGUGCACCUCCUCUAAAAGACUAAUCACAUAUUGGAGAUAUUGACUGGGAUACUUAAUAAUUCUUGCUUCCAGUUUCAGGUGCCGAUAGUGAACAAAAUAAGAAUCAGGUUGAAGACAGGCUAGUAGUCACCUCUGCAGAUUCUCCCAUUCUGUGUCAGUGAUUAAAGCCAUUAUGUACGAACCUCCUUGCCUCUAGUGUUGUUGCCCUAAAUCACAAAAUCAAUAGUUACAUCAGGUACAGAAUCAAUGAGUCACCACCGUGUAAUUUUCUCCUAUUAAAAACAUCCAGUAUAAGUCACUCCUUUAGCCAUACGCAGCUGUUGUAGCCACAGCGACACCUGAACACGGCGAUGUAAUUCAAGCCUACGUUUCACCUUUUUAUUUAAAGUGGCAUGUAUUUAUUUAGCUUCAUUUUCUUUCCUUUUUAAGCACUUGUACUGUAGGAACAGAGCGGGCGGGGGAGGUCACUAUAAACAAGGAAUGGAAAUAUUUUUUUAAAGUGAACAGGCUAAAAGCUGCGUUGUCAAUAUUUGACAGGCUGUGCCCAGCUGUGAAAUACUUCUGUUUGUGAUACAGGUCGGUUGAAAUGCCUAUGAAUCCAAAAUGCUCAAUAAAAGUGUUUCAUGUGUUGA